CUACAUUUCUUUGCUGAAACUAACCCAAAUUAGUAUUUAUUAUUUAGUUUGUAGGAAAGUUAGAGUUCACAAACUAUGGGAGAUAUCUGAAAAUUGAUCAAUCCUGAGGUACUGAUGGACAAUCUAAUUUCUUGAGGUCCAAGAAUGUCAGAACAGUACAGAUAUCCCCCAAAUGACCCCUUUUUUCAAAGUAGACAGCCCAGCGUAUUUCAUAAGAGGCAUGGCGAGUUUUUUGAAGUUGUAAUUUUUUUUCUUUUUUUGUCAUAAUUUUUUGGAAAAUGAAGAAAAUUUUCACAAUUUUUU